ACUUGCAAAUUACACUGUGCAGCUUCUAACCGCGCCUGGACACCAUCCGCGUCUACGUGUUGUCGUUGAUCUUCGUUGGCUUCGUCUGGGGCCUUCUCGACCGACUCGAGGUGGCCCAUUGCCAUCUGUUGCCAUCUGUUGCCAGUCCAUGAUGCCUACAACCGCACCGAGACGGUGUCCGCAUCUCCGCCUGCAUCCUCAUUGGAGUCUCCCAGUUCUUGUAGACAUCACUCCGUGGAGAAUACUACUUCCGGGCCCGCCCGUUGAUCACCACACUAACCGCUCGUUCCUCCAGCAUGCACACGACCUCCUGUACAUGGACAUGGCCUCGAAACAAAACCUACGUAGUGAACUCCAUAUCGACGGCCUACAAUACAGGAAUGGAUUUUUUUUCUCUCUGCAACAUGUAUCGUGGUAUGGUAAGAUAUGUUUUCUCGAAGAUAAGAAGUAGUGUGUAUGAUCGAUGUUGUGGAUAGUCCAGUAUAACACAUCCGGCCCUGAUAUCUCUCGCAAAAGCAACUGGGCGUACUUGCUCGAGAACCUCAUAGCUCAACUAUUUAUGGCAUCAACGUAGCAAUAUAUCAGAUAAUCGGACGGUCAUGAGGCCAAAUCACUACAAGGUCGCGUGUCUGCAUACAACCACAUAUCUACUCGCUUGUACAUGCGCAACAGAUGCCCCUGCCAUUCCGCAUGAAGUAAUCUCCUCCUAUAUUACAGGACGCAUACAGCGACUCGAUGCAUCAUCACUUGCACUCACGACCACACAUUGGCCAUCUCAAGUCCUUCAGCAAACAAACCAUAGCCCCAUCCCGCCUUGCUGCAUACUCUCACCUGUUGCAUCCUAUCAAUAUCGCGGGGCUGACACCGACUGUUCGUUCUGUGGUCCACUACCAGUAAACCACCCUCUACAAAAUCCACCGACAUCGCCCACCCUCAACGAUCGCACCUUGGCUCCCACCGAUGGUUAUGAUCCUACACUUCGUGUAUUUCUGGGCCCGUGCAGGGUCUCAGAAACGAACGAGGUGGUUUGUUUGCCUAUGGAUGCAGUAAUGUUUGCUCCUCCGCAGCCAAAGUCAUGACGUGGGACCAUCGCCUACCUUCAUCCUAUUGCAAGUAAUGGCUUCACACUCGUAUCAGUCUAUUUUUUUAUCCAUCGCCCAACUCCCAAUAUCCAUGUGUGUCCAUCUUGUUUACUCCAAAUACCGUCCCCCGGUGUAUCCCCUACUCAGCUGAUCUUAAUUGGACUUAGCAACGGUCUCCCGAGCGACAAGUGGUGGGGAAGAAGGUCUAUCAACGUGACCCGCAAUCGAGGUCGAGAUUAUUCGAGAUCCUACGCAGCCUCAUCGGCACGGCCUAGAGGUGGUGCAAGAUACUUCACCAACCCAGCAUCCUACCUUCACAGUAGCAGGUCAGGCUCUCGACACCCACGCAUGAUGUAUACACGACCACAACUUCACAACUUCAUGGACAACUACGAUAGCCCGGGCUACCGACGAGGUCUGGGGUAUCGUUCGUCAGGAUAUCCAUAUCAUGACCCAUACAGUAUGAGUGGGUACGGACACAGGAGUGGGAGUGGGAGUGGGGGAAGUGGAUAUUUUGGCUCUUAUCAUUCACCCCUUGGACAUUAUAGACGUUCCUAUUCAUCGAGACGUUCUUCCUAUGGGCCAUCAUAUUCCUCACGGUGGCGAGACGAUUUCUCAGAUGGGGAAUACAACGACUAUGACCAGUAUUACGGCGGCAACGAUGACAGCGAUGAAGAUUUUGGCGGGAGGUAUCGGCGAAACAGAUUAUACUCAAACGAUUACUAUGACGACGACGACGAUGAUGACGAAGACGGAGAAGACUUUUACGGGGAGGAUGAUGAUUACAAUGAUUACGAGGAUUAUGGCUUGCAUUAUCGUCAACGGCCCAGCUUCUAUUCCGGCUAUGGCCGUCGUAGGCAGCAUGAGUACUAUUAUUGAGCAAUUAUGAUUGGAUUGAUAUGCCUUGGUUAUUCUACGAAACGUGACACUGAUAGACCGCCAUCAAGAAUACUCAUGAAAUGAUUCCGAAAAACAAGAACUCUUAACCCCUCCCUUCUUGUUUAUCGUGAAAAGAGCGUUUCUUCUCUCUAUACUUUAUUCCUCGUCUCCCAUUCCUAUAUUCCACCCAUCAAACAUCCACAACAUAGCCCUUGACCCAUUAAUCCUUCCGUUCCCCACUGUGUCCCACCCAACGCCCCUAUCAGGCAAACUAUUUACGAACGUCACCUUGAACCCCUCAAAGGAUCCAGGUCACUUGUCCGGGCCAGUUAAGCUGCCUAGACACGCGAGAACUCCGCAAUCAAUCAACCCGGAACAUACGGAAACACAACUACAAAAAACGUUUAUACAUAGAAACAAUAACCCGGUAAACGAACUCACCAAUCUUCUACUAGUCACGCAGAUCUCUGGACGACAAAGGUAAGAGUUUCGAACCCGGAACGCAAACUUCUGAUCCCGUCGUCCAUACACGCACGAGCAUAAUAGGUAGAGGUAUGGUAUAUGUUCAUCACGCGCUCUGGCUCUGUUGUUCUUUCCCUCGCUAGUACUAUAUAUAUCCUACUCAAAUACAAUAUCACAUCACCACCACAUUUGCUAUUGGCAAGCCUUACUCUACUUCCAGUGAGCUUUACAGCUCAACGCAUGGCAUAUCUGUCUCCCACUACUUCUCCAAUCCCAACCAAUAUUGCACUUUCUCGCCAUGGUAUGUAACAGGCUGAAUCACCGUCUGCCUUCCACUCAUAAACCCGAACCCUGUGAGGCGGAGUCGCGGCAAGAGCUACUUGGUGGGUCGACUGACGAACGGGAGAUCGGGAGCUAGGAAUGCCACUUCGGGUGAGUGUGGACGUCCUUCGUUUGGCAAAGGAAACAUUCAUCAUCCAGCGGCACGGAUAUUGGACACAGGGCUUGUUGAGAUGGACCGGCAAUCUUUGAGACAU